CUUAAAAUUCCCAGCACUGAGCUGCUUUGUCACAACCCUCAUUACUGACAUAUUAUGCUUACGGACACCUAUGAGAGCAGAAGAGAAAGAGAUUCUGAUUGGCUAACAUGGGCUUGAGCUUCUCGUUACACUGCUACAGUAUUGACAUGCUCUUGACGACAUAUACACGGAAUGAAAGUCUGAUGCUGAUGUUGAAAGUCCAGUGAAGCCGAAGCAAGAAAGAUGGCAGCUGAAGGACCACAGGCCUCCAGAGGUGAUAUCUCCAAUCUAAUAGACUUGAGGAUUGUGCUGCUGGGGAACAGAGACGCUUGGAGGAGUUCAGCAGGAAACACCAUCCUGGGCAGAGAAGAGUUUGACCCUGAUGUGAGAACACUGCAGUGUGUGAAGAGACAGGGAGAGGUAGCAGGGAGACAGGUCACUGUGGUGGACACUCCAGGAUGGAAGGAUUAUAGUGAAUGUUAUUAUAAGGACUCUCCUAAUCUCCUUAAACAGGAGAUUGUUCUCAGUGUGACUCUGUGUCCUCCAGGACCUCAUGCAUUUCUGUUGGUCAUCCAUGAGAACAUGACCUUCACAGAGGCAGAGAGAAAAGCCACAUCAAACCACCUGAGUCUUCUGGGCCAUGGAGCCUGGAAACACUCUCUAGUUCUGUUCAUUCAGGAGACUCCUGCAGAAGAGAAAGCCUUUGAGGUUAAAGGGAAAAUGCUCCAGCAGCUUGUAGAGAAUUGUGGGAAAAGAUAUCAUGUCCUCAACAUCAAGAACAGGGAUAAAAUGCAAGUCACAGAGCUGCUGGAGAAGAUAGACAAGAUGGUGGCCACGAAUAGCAACAGUCAUUAUGAGAUGGACAGACAGAGACUGGAGGAAGUAGAAGAGAAGAGAAGAAAAGACAAAGAAAAGGGAACACGAACAGCAAUAUCUAACCGAUUAUUAACAGGAACAUCAUCACCCCUAUCAGAGUUGAGAGUUGUGCUGCUGGGAUUUAAAGAUGCUGGGAAGAGUUCAUCAGGAAACACUAUCCUGGGCAGAGAGGAGUUUCAGCCUGGACAGAGAUCUGCUGUUUGUGUGAAGAGACAGGGAGAUGUAGCUGGCAGGCAGGUCACUGUGGUGGAGGCACCUGGAUGGUGGAGUCAUUAUUCUAAGGAGUGGAGCCCUGAAAUGACCAAAAGAGCAAUUCAACUUAGUCCAGGUUUGUGUGGCCAGGGGCCACAUGUGUUCCUUUUGAUCACACGAGCAGACAUCUUAUUCACUGAAGCACAGAGAAUUUCAGCCAGGCAACACCUUGAGCUUCUCAGUGAGAGAGUGUGGAGAUACACCAUAUUGCUAUUCACCCAUGGAGACUGGCUGGGAGACACACCCAUAGAGCAGCACAUUGAGAGUGAAGGAGAUGCCCUGAAAUGGCUCACUGAGAAAUGUGGGAACAGAUAUCAUGUCCUCAACAAUCACAACAGCACUGAUGGAAGGCAGGCGACGGAGCUGCUGGAGAAGAUUGAAGACAUGGUGGUCAAAUACAUCAGUCAUCUCUGAGGAUUAUUUUGCUGGGGUCGAAGAACUAUGGGAAGUCUUCAACAGGGAACACCAUCCUGGGUGAAGAUGUGUUUGAGUUGCGCACUAUAUCAAAGUGUGAGAAGAGAGAGGGGGAGGUGGCAGGGAGGCAGGUCACUGUGGUCGACACUCCAGGGUGGGAGCUACACAGC